GAAAGAACCUAGACAAUUGAAGGUGAAAUUGGACGGCCGUACUUCCUAAAUCUGCCCGUCUUUUUUUUGUUUUUUUGUUUUUUCUCUUUUUUUCACUAGACCCUGAUUUACACAUAUAACGGGCAUUUAGUGUUGCAGGACGAAAUGAUCAGCCAUGCCCCUCGUGGGCAUGCCUGUUUUCUCCGCGACCGUUGGCGCUGCAUCCGUAAAUUCGAUUCAAAUCGAGUGGUUGCAGAUCCAUAUACUGCGUGCUAGUUUCCUCUAUCUAGGCCAUGUCGUUGCAGGCCUCUAAUGGCGAUUCCUAGGCCAAAGCCUUGCAGCAUCUAUACUUAUUUCAAUCCCUUCUUACCAGAAAACCAGCAUACCUUAAAAGCCAUCUCCACAGUUCUUCAAACCAGGGAAAUUUCGACUCCUCUCUCAAGAAAUUAGUCCCCAAUUUAACAGCAAACCACGUCGUUCACCUCAUUCUUUCUCAUCCAUCACAAGACCCGCCUUCUCUACUCUCUUUCUUCAAAUGGGUUGCUGCCCAAAGGGGUUUUCGCCACACCAUUCAGUCAUUUCGCCAUGUCCCACUUUCUCUCUUUACACAGGAUGGUCCCUGAAGCUCUCUCUCCUCAAAACUGUGGUCUCUCACAAGGGCCGAGAGUCUGCUUCUUCAGUAUUCAAUACGCUCCGCGAAACCCAAGUGGAAGAUGGGCAGCGCCAUGACCAACUUUCUCACUCUACAUCUUUUGAGAACGUUUACACUGAUUCUGGCUUCAUAUCUGAUGCAAUUGAAUGCUUGAGACCGGUAAAAAAACACGGUUUUAAGCUUCCAUUUCAGUCAUGCAAUUAUCUUAUGGACUGCAUCAUGAAAUCAAAUACUCCAGCUGCUGCUUGGGCUUUUUACUCUGAGAUUCUGGACUAUGCGUAUCCACCAAGUGUUUAUACUUUUAAAAUGAUCAUGCAUUCAUUCUCUAGAAUUGGAAAAAUUAAGGAAGCACAGGUAUUAUUUUAUGACAUUCGGAAUCGUUACUCCCUCUGUGGUGAGUUUCAACACUCUUACAAUGGUUUAUGCAAGAAGGGUGAUUUAGAGGGCGGGUUCUCAUUGAAAAUUUUAAUGGUGGAAGAGGGAAUUGCACCUGAUGUUGUGACUUACAGUGUGCUAAUCAAUGGUUUGUCUAGAGAGCAAAAGAUUAAAGAAGCUUGUGACUUGUUUGAUGAAAUAAAUGACAGAGGCCUGGUCCCUAAUGGCAUCACCAUCACCACUCUCAUUGACGGCUACUGCAAAGGAAACAUAGAAGAAGCUCUGGAAAUAUAUCAAAAAAUGAUGAAAGAAGGCUUGAAACCAGACCUCGUAACAUAUAAUUCAGUAAUAUAUGGGCAUUGCAAAGUGGGGGAAUUGAAAGAAGCAGGAAAGCUUUUCCUUGAAAUCAGAGAGAUGGGUUUAAAGCCUGAUAAGAUAACCUACACAACUUUGAUUGACGGUUUCUGUGAGGAAGGAGAUAUAAAAGCUGCCAUGGAAAUUUGAAGAGAAAUUUAAGGAAUUGAUUUGGACAAUGUAGCUUAUAUUGCUCUCAUGGCAAGGCUUAGCCGAGAGGGUUGGAUCCCUGAUGCACAGAAAACACUUAGGGAGAUGCUGAGAGAGGGGUUAACACCUGAUGAAGCCACUUACACAAUGGUAAUUGAUGGCUAUUGUAGGAGAGGUGACAUAAAGAUAGGGUUCAAGUUAUUGGAGGAGAUGAAAAAUAAUGGAGUUGUGCCAGGAGUGAUCACAUAUAACCUACUCAUGAAUGGGUUGUGUAAACAAGGCCGGAUGAAGAACGCAGGAAUGCUUUUGAAUGCUAUGCUUAACCUUGGGAUUGCGCCUGAUGAUGUUACAUAUAAUAUAUUGUUGGAUGGGUGUUGUAAGAGUGAGGGAUUGAAGGAACUGGUAAAGUUGACAGGGGAGAAGAGGCUAGUUUCUGAUUAUGCGGCUUAUUCAUAUCAGUGACGUUGGGCAGAGGUCCAGAGAUCAUGGGGGAAUUCAGUAUUCCUUGACUGUUUUGGAGGGGAAUUCAGAGAAUAAGAACUCAUGUUAUUGAGAUUA